UUUGUCGGCGGUUUAUGGCACUUUGAAGUCUGCACCAGGUCACUCACUACUCCACGUCUUGGAUUGGCGAAUCGUCGAGAUGCGACCCAGGGAAGUUGCACAGAAAUCAGUGCUCAAUUGUUCGGUCUGGAACUGUCCGAAUGUCUGUUCCCCGAUCCGCUCGUUGAGGAUGUCAACUUGCGGGAGCCGAGUAUAUACGAUUCGAAUACCGGAUCGGGCCGAGAAGAAGGAGAUGAAACAGUUUAUCGUUUAUUUGUUGUGGAAACCUAACUGA